AUGCCCUGCUACGCAGUCUCUGUCGACGUCUUCGUGAAGCCUCUGCCCGAGACAGACGUCGAUAACCAGAGAGAGACGUGGAUAGUCGACACCCAGCCUCCUCGCCCACUAACGCGCGGUCACAUCGUGACAGUGCGAACAGUUGACCACGUGAUCGGGGCUGGGCGCAUCUCCAAGACAAUGGCGAUCACGCGACACUGGAUCACGUUGCGCCUAGCAGGACGAAGGGAUGGCUUACAAAUACGAGUACCGAUCCCCUGGGCACGUCUCUGCGACCUAGAUGGAUUCUCUCACACCACCCUCUUCCGAGCGCUCCCGAAGCUCCCUGCCCCGCACCACUCCUUCCUAUCGAAGCCCGCCUUCCAGAACCCCGAUCAUAACCCAUACGAAUUUGACAUCUCGCCAAACGCCACAGCACGCUCUCGCGCUCGACUGGAGAAAGACACCAAGACUAGAGAGCUUAUGGAGUCUCUCUCGCAAGAGAGCGAUGUUAGAGCGGACUACGGCGAGAGUACGCCAUGA